UAGUUGGAAUAGGACGGGCCCAGAGGGGACUGACAGUUGAAUGAAUGGGACAUGCACCGCCAAUUGUGCACAUUAAUCUAAAAGCAAAUAAUUUCACAGGGACUUAUACUUAAUUAUCUUAAUUCAGUUAAUAUCUUUUUAAAUGCAAAAGAACUUCAUCGUAAAAGAUCUUAUAAAUAAAUUAAAUAAUCAAAGAGCUUUACAAUUACUUUUAUUUCCUCUAACAAACAGAAGAAACUUUGUGAAGAAGCAAUAGGAAAUCUGAUUUUAUAUCAAAACGCUGUAAAAUUUAAUUUUCCUUAGACGUCUUCAUUGAGUUUUAAACUAAUUAAGAAGUGUAUCAAAGUUUUGACUUGAAGCACAAUUUGGUCGGUGUGUGUAGUUUGGAGGCGUGAAUGGAUCAGAAACAGCAGAAUACUAAUGUCGUGUGCCUUUUUGAGGAGCUGCGUCGGAGGCGCGAAGGGCCUGAGGGUGGCCGCGGGAUGCGAGCCGGCCACCCUUCUUGAAUGACAUAGAAAGAGUGAAUGUGCUGAUGUUGAGACACUGUCACUAAUGCCCGUAGAUAAUUUCAGGUGUCUGAUUAUCAGUCUGGCCGGCUGAGCGCCCCCUUGUGCUGCCGCACGAGGAAAAACUCCAGAUGUCGGCUCCAGGACUUACACCGAAAUUAUGCGGGAGCAGAUGCUUCGAGGAGAAGAAUCUGAGGUCCGUAAAAAGAUAGCUGACAAAGCAAAAGAAGGCACCCUUAACGGUGACAAAGCAAAGAAACGCGGACGCUGGGAUCAGGCAGCAGAACCAGAACCAUCUGCCAAGAAAAAGGGCACCAGCACCACGCCUGGCCGAAGCUGGGAGGAAGACUCGGCUACAACCCCAGCACACACUCGUUGGGAUGAAACUCCGGGUCAUGUUGGUCAAACUCCUGGAGCUACUCCUGGCCAGUCGACCAGAAUGUGGGAUGCCACGCCAGGCCAUAUCACUCCUGGCCAUGACAAAGGAGCAACUUCAGCGAGGCGAAACCGCUGGGAUGAAACUCCCAAGACAGAAAGGGAAACGCCGGGGCACUCUGGUUGGUCGGAAACUCCGAGAAUUGACAGAGUUGCGCCCGAAGACACCCCUUCUGCUUCAAAGAGACGCAGCAGGUGGGACGAAACUCCUCUGGUGGCCCAAACUCCGCAGACUCCAUCAAUGACCCCAUCGAUGACCCCAACGGCAACUCCGGUUGGUCCUAAGGCUAUGGGUUUGGCAACGCCUACCCCUGGGCACUUGGUCAGCAUGACGCCUGAGCAGCUGCAGGCUUUCCGAUGGGAAAGAGAAAUUGAUGAACGCAACCGCCCUUUGGCUGAUGACGAGUUGGACUCGAUGUUUCCUCCGGGUUACAAAGUUCUCCCGCCUCCAGCAGGCUACAUCCCGAUCAGAACUCCUGCUCGCAAGCUGACGGCCACUCCAACACCAAUGGCCGCACAAGGCACACCAGCUGGCUUCUUUAUGCAAAAGGAAGAGGUUGGUCCAAGCAAAUACAUGGAAAAUCAGCCGAAGGACUUGCCCUUCCUCAAACCUGAAGACGCCCAGUACUUCGACAAGCUGCUGCAGGAUGUAGAUGAGGACAGUUUGCCUCAGGAAGAACAAAAGGAGAUCAAGAUUAUGCGGCUGCUUCUGAAAAUCAAGAAUGGAACGCCUCCAAUGAGAAAGUCAGCCCUCAGGCAGAUCACAGACAAAGCCAGGGAAUUUGGAGCAGGCCCACUAUUCAACCAAAUUUUGCCUCUGCUUAUGUCGCCAACCUUGGAAGACCAAGAACGACAUUUGCUUGUGAAGGUCAUUGAUCGAGUUCUAUACAAGUUGGACGACCUUGUGCGUCCUUACGUGCACAAAAUUCUGGUUGUUAUUGAGCCGUUGCUGAUUGAUGAAGAUUACUAUGCUCGUGUAGAGGGCAGGGAAAUUAUUUCCAACUUGGCCAAGGCCGCUGGUCUUGCUACGAUGAUCAGUACCAUGAGACCUGACAUUGACAACAUAGACGAGUAUGUCCGAAACACCACUGCCAGAGCGUUUGCCGUUGUUGCCUCUGCUUUGGGUAUUCCAUCGCUGUUGCCUUUCCUUAAGGCUGUGUGUCGCAGCAAGAAGUCUUGGCAGGCCAGGCAUACUGGCAUCAAGAUUGUGCAGCAGAUUGCUAUUCUUAUGGGCUGCGCUAUUUUGCCCCAUUUGAGGUCGUUGGUUGAAAUCAUUGAACAUGGGUUGGUUGACGAACAGCAAAAGGUUCGAACUAUAACAGCCUUGGCCAUUGCCGCUUUGGCUGAAGCAGCAACACCUUACGGUAUUGAAAGUUUUGAUUCAGUGCUGAAGCCGCUGUGGAAAGGUAUAAGGACACACAGAGGCAAGGGUUUGGCUGCUUUCCUGAAGGCUAUAGGCUACCUGAUUCCGCUGAUGGACGCCGAGUACGCCAACUACUACACUAGGGAAGUGAUGUUGAUCCUGAUCCGAGAGUUCCAGUCUCCAGACGAGGAGAUGAAGAAGAUUGUGUUGAAAGUGGUGAAGCAGUGUUGCGCCACAGAUGGUGUUGAGGCAGCCUAUAUUAAAGAGGAGAUUUUGCCUCACUACUUCAAGCAUUUCUGGAACCACAGGAUGGCCCUGGAUAGGAGGAAUUAUAGGCAGCUCGUCGACACAACUGUAGAAAUGGCCAAUAAGGUUGGAGCAGCUGAGAUGAUUGGCAGGGUUGUUGACGACUUGAAAGAUGAAAAUGAGCAGUAUCGUAAAAUGGUAGUAGAAACCAUCGAGAAAAUAAUUUCCAACUUGGGUGCCGCAGACAUUGAUUCUCGAUUGGAAGAGUUGCUUAUUGAUGGCGUCCUGUACGCCUUCCAGGAGCAGACUUCGGAAGAUGCUGUGAUGCUCAAUGGUUUUGGAACAAUUGUAAACCAACUUGGCAAGAGAGUAAAACCAUACCUACCACAGAUUUGCGGUACAAUUCUGUGGCGUUUGAACAAUAAGUCGGCUAAAGUUCGUCAGCAGGCUGCAGAUUUGAUUUCAAGGAUUGCUGUUGUCAUGAAGACCUGUUUGGAAGAAAAACUGAUGGGCCAUCUUGGAGUGGUCUUGUACGAGUACUUAGGAGAGGAGUACCCUGAAGUGCUUGGUUCUAUUCUUGCCGCUCUGAAGGCAAUUGUCAACGUCAUUGGUAUGACCAAGAUGACGCCGCCUAUCAAAGAUUUGCUGCCUCGACUCACCCCCAUUCUUAAAAACAGACACGAAAAGGUGCAAGAAAACUGCAUCGACUUAGUGGGACGUAUUGCUGAUCGAGGUCCGGAAUACGUGUCUGCCAGAGAAUGGAUGCGAAUUUGCUUUGAGCUUCUGGAAUUGCUGAAGGCGCACAAAAAAGCAAUCCGUCGAGCCACUGUCAACACCUUUGGCUACAUUGCCAAAGCUAUCGGCCCCCACGACGUGCUUGCAACCCUGUUGAACAACCUGAAAGUCCAAGAACGCCAGAAUCGUGUGUGUACGACUGUAGCCAUUGCGAUCGUGGCUGAAACUUGUUCACCCUUCACCGUCCUGCCUGCCUUGAUGAAUGAAUACCGUGUCCCUGAACUCAAUGUGCAGAACGGCGUCCUCAAGUCACUUUCCUUCUUAUUCGAAUACAUUGGUGAGAUGGGCAAAGACUACAUUUAUGCAGUAACACCUCUUUUAGAAGAUGCUCUCAUGGAUAGAGAUUUGGUUCAUCGGCAGACAGCUUGUGCAGCAAUCAAGCAUGUAGCUUUAGGUGUUUAUGGCUUUGGCUGCGAAGACGCCCUUAUUCAUUUGCUGAAUUACGUCUGGCCAAAUAUAUUCGAAACGUCUCCUCAUUUGGUUCAGGCUUUCAUGGAUGCUGUGGAAGGAAUGAGAGUGUCGCUAGGUCCAAUCAAGAUUUUGCAGUACACCCUUCAAGGCCUAUUUCAUCCUGCAAGAAAAGUGCGAGACGUGUACUGGAAAAUAUACAACUCUCUUUACAUCGGUGGGCAGGACGCACUCGUUGCUGGCUAUUCCAGAAUUGCUAAUGACCCCAAAAAUCAGUAUCAGCGCUAUGAAUUAGAUUAUGUCCUUUAAAAUGCUUAUGUUGAACGUUGUGCAAUCAUUAUUAUUGUGGAUUGUGGGGGUUAAUUGCAAGUUUGCAAUAUUUCGGCUUUAGAGUCUGCUAUUUUUGGGGUUACUGCGUCAGCAUCAUAAGGAGAUUUUUAUUUAGCAUAAUGUUUUCAUUUUUUCUUGCAAGUUUUUUAAGUUGUAAAUAACAGGAAUCAAUAAAAUAAAAAUUUAAUUUUGCUUGUA